CAAAACAAUCAAAACACUUGUCAUUUGUUUUCUAUUUAUUUAAGCAUUAAUUAGUUGUCAUUUAAUUGUGUUUUGUGUCAAUCAUCGCAACAAUUAGUUGUUAAUUAUAGUAUAAAUCAAAGCAAUCGUUAUUUGAUGACUAAAUCAUAACAUUUAUUACAACACUUAUCAAUACAAUCACAACAACCAGUGUUUGCAAUGGAGUUAAUCCGUACGCCAAAGGUGGAAAACGUGCGAAUGCUAUACCGAUACGCGGCUCAGACGGGGGGCACGAGUGUCGGUGGGACGCCGUCGGGAACGCUAUAUCUGACGGCAACGCAUCUCAUAUUCGUUGACCACAACGUGAAGCGCGAGAAUUGGAUUCUUCACACAUUGAUCUCAUCGAUCGAGAAGUUGUCGAUCACUACAACGGGUUCACCGCUUCUCAUGCGAUGCAAACACUUCCUGUGCGUCACUUUCGUCAUCCCUAAGGAAAGGGAUGCCCACGACAUCUACCUCUCCAUCUAUCAGCUCUCGCAACCCACCAAUAUCGAGGACUUGUAUUGCUUUAACUAUACGGCCAGUAAUGAGCACUUCGAGAAAGAGGACGGUUGGCAACAAUACACAUACGAAUCGGAGUUUCAGCGCAUGGGUUGUCCUAAUCAGCACUGGAAUCAAACCACUAUUAACACCAAUUAUGAGAUUUGUGACACAUAUCCGCGAANGCAAUCAAUUGCCAAUAAUUACCAUAGAGCCGAGUUUCUGAACCCCCUCUACGUCAAAGAGAACACACAAGACAUACUCGACGUUAAUGUUUCUCCGCAAACAAUCAAGUUCUGGAGAGGACUGUACAACCGGUUUGAAUUUGGUGUCCAUCCACGCCAUUCAUUGAGCGAAGUAUUAGUGGCCGCACAGAACCACAUCUCUAGUCUUGAAAAUCAUAUCCAAUAUCUCGAAGACGUUUGUCAAAUAACUCGAUUGUCGAGCGACACGAGUGACUCUCAGAGCUCUUGUGGCGUAUCUCCGGACCCAUUGAUGAGCGCUUCUGAUCUGUAUAAGAGCUCCGCCACGCACUCGAACGGCAACUCCAACUUCAUUGGUUCCCUAGACUUGGAUGAAAUCGAUUCGCCAUUGAAAAUGGUUGCCGAGAGUAUCAAUCGGUUGGAGAAAUUCAAAGCACAGGAAGUGAUAACAUUUGCCGAUAUGAAGAUCAACGACACAUCGGCUGCCGUAUUGGAGUUGAAUGGUGUGUACGGAUCGGUGGCAAUGGAUUGGCAGUCAUUGCAAAGUGUGAAGGAGUGUGUUUGUGGCACACCAUUCGAGCCCUUCUCAAGCAAACAACACUGCUGUACGUGCGGUCACGUGUUCUGUGUUCGGUGUAUAGAUAAGCGCAUACCACUGCCCGGACACUAUCGCAAACAUCCGGUGCCCGUCUGUCGUAACUGUUAUAAGGAUGUUAUGCGCUCUAACAGUAUUGACUGUAUUUGAGGCACAUUUAAUCAUAUGCUUAUG